AUGAUGGACACUCCACAGCUCAACGCAUCACAGCAAAGACGCAAGAGAGCGAGUCGAAAAAACACCCCCAAACGCUUCAGAUGCGAUCAUGAGGGCUGCACAAAGAUUUACUCUCGAGCCGAGCAUUUACAGCGUCAUCAGUUGAAUCACAAGCCAAAGCAAUUGUAUCAAUGCCAGGUUGAAGGUUGUGAUCAAACCUUUGUGCGCCUUGACCUUUGCAUGAGGCACCAAGCCAGACAUGGCGAAGCUUCGAUACCCAGAGAUCAAGAUGAUGGCGCUGCAGUCUUUGAAAGCACAUCCCAAAGUGCUGUAAACCUUGCUGCGGAUACGAACCUGGAUUUCCAGAAUAAUGCUGGGCCCGAAUCGGUCGGCCCUCCAUCUCUGACACCCGGAUUCGGUGUCACAGAUCCACAUCAGAACAUAGCUCUGGACGCAGGAACGCAAAUGCUGGACUGGGGACAGAACGAUCUGUCAGAGGACUAUUCCAGACUCGCAGCAGCUUCUCCUCAGCGAGGAAAUGGCAAUUUUGUGACAUGGUUGUUUGAUAGCCCUGGCAGCCAGCAGCAGAACUUCGAUCUUUCCAACUACUUGCCGUACGUGGAUUUCGGUCUCGAUUAUUGCUCUCCGACCAACGACUUCUGGCAACUCGAAUCCACCCAGGCAAGUGCCAACGCUUCCACUGUGAACCCUGUAGCUACAGCACCAGCGUCUAACGCGUUGUGCGAGAGUUCCAACGACUAUGGACUGAAAGACUAUGCCCGAGUGUCCACUAGAUGCAGAUCAAAGAUUCUCAACAGCGUCAACUCGUUUCUCGAGAAGAAGCGCCCACCAGGACUGCGAGACACUGUUCGAGAGCAGGAUCUGUUGUUCAGCGCUGAUGAAGUGGAUCUACCAAAUCUGACAACGAAAGUUCUACAUGACUGCUUGGAUAGUUUUUGGUCGCGUGUGGCGAUACAACUUCCUGUCGUUCAUCAGCAAACUUUCUCGAGCGACGACUGCCAAGCGCUUCUUCUUCUCGCAAUGCUUAUGCUAGGCGCGGGCCAGAUAGUGCGCUCACAUCCAAUCGGAACACGAAACGACUACCGCGUUUUUGCAGAUCUUAUAGCCAUCAACCUGCGGUGGGAGAUUUUCCCAGAAGCCGAACCUCCCAUAACACUAUGGGUUGCUCAAACACUUUUGUUGCUCGAGUUUUACGAAAAGCUGUUCUCAUCUCGUCGCCUCCACGAGCGUGCGUACAUCCAUCACGCGUCAACUCUCGCUUUGCUGAGGCGGGGCAGUCCUAUGGUCGGCCAUGCUGAGGACGAAGAGCCCCCAACUCGUUGUCCCUCGCCAGGAGUGACCGCACAAAAUCUCAAUGGCCCAUCCAAACAAGCUACCUGGUGGCGUCGCUGGGCACGAAAUGAGUCCUGGCAUCGAGUCGUCUUUGCGGCCCUACAAAUGGACACACUACACGCCGUAGCCUUUGGACACGAGAGUUCGAUCCUGCCUUAUGAAAUCAGACUUCCGUUGCCGUGCGAUGACUCGAUAUGGGCUGCACAAAGCCCUGAGGAUGUCUGGAGGUUGGAGGAAACAUUCUCCAUGCAUGGCAUCAGUCAGCAGCCCUUUCUGGAUAGCCUCAAAAGAUGCCUGCACGGGCACGAAGUCCAUUCAAACCACGGUGCGCGAAUUAUCUUGGGUUCUGGUCUAUUGAGUGUUGGCUGGCAUAUCCGACGCCGCGAGAGAAACCAACAGUUCUUGGAGUCGAACCCAUCAGCCCACGAGCAAGAGCGUUGGAGGUCUCUACUUCUCAACGCGUACACCCAUUGGUGUCAGAGUUUCCAAAAAGCGCUCGAGAAGUCAAGAGCGCAUAGUCGAAUUCUUGUCAGCGACAAGGAUGUAGUUUUCGAUCCAUCAAUCCUAUAUCGUCUGGCAUUGAUCACUUCCCACGUGGACAUUCUGGACACUCAACUUCUCGCGGGUUACAAGCGUUUGCUUGGGCGUAAGAUUACGGAUAAGGAUCACCUUGCUUGUGCAACAAGAAUGCGUAAUUGGGCGGCCACCAACUCGUCCAGAGUGGCUGUCUCUCAUGCUUUCUGGCUGCUUGACGAGACACUUCUGGACAAAAACUUGGUGUCUCGCAGUCAACCACUCAGCCAUGUUACGACAAAGCACUAUACUUGCCGCACUGAUGCAUCUAUAUAUCGUCCUUGGAUCUUGUAUCUGGCCGCGUUAACGAUAUGGUCGUACCAAUACGCUUCGGGUCAUAGGCCUUCACAGAUCAUAUCGCAAGGACUUGAUGCUGAUCAAUCAUCAGGGCAAAUCCUUGCUUACAGCUACAUUCGGAGAUGUGCUGAGUCAGGCAUCGACGGCUUUCCAGGCCAGAUGUCUGUUCAGGGAUGUGGUGCAAUCUGCAAGCUCCUGGCUCAAGAUUUUGCGUCUGCUGAGUGGGAGUUGCUCUUAGAAGCCUCCAAAAUACUCGACUCGUGCGCAACCACGAUCCUGGAAAGAGCUUGA